AUGGGGGUCUGCGGCUGGGGAGGCCAGCCAGCGCUCGGAGUACAACCGCCCAAGUCACUGCAGGCUCGCUGGAUUGCCGGCCCAUGUUCCUGGACACCGCUCUUCCUCGCACGCUCUCUGCGCUGCGUCGCGGGCGCCGAGUGGCUACGGCUCGCGCGGAAUCCAGUGCCUAGCCUGUGCUCGAGCUGUCGCUGCUUGGGGCCUGCGAUGCGAGUGCAAACACCAGCGCUGGGUGCCCAUCCCGAGGCUCCUCCCCGUCUCGGCGGCGGCAGAAGGGCGUGCGACUCGUGGCGGCGUCGACGAAGGCAUGGCUCGGGCGUGCUCACGAGUCGGCGCCCCUGGCAAGCCCGGCAAGCCUGGCAAGCCGCGGUGCGUGGAUUGCCGCGGUGGGGACGUCAGGGCGCUUCGUCCGGGCCAACUUGGACUGCUCCCCACGCCCAGCCCGCAGCACAUCACGAGGCAUUCUGGGGAGAGCCCGCGGCGAGUCAGCACGGCCAGCAGCGCAGCCUUCUCGGGCUUCUGGAAACGCGGCCGCUUGGUCGCCCCGUGCGCAGCGUCGCCAGAGGACCGAUCCCACUGUGCCAUAUCACGGGGCCGACGUUGUUGUUGAUGGUCAGAGGACUGGGUAGCUUUUCUUCGCUGGCUGUUCCGCCUCAACGCUCGACGCAGAGAGCGCCUUGGAUGCCAUUCGACGGGCCACCCAGGCUCCAGCCAGCUGUCACCGCCGCCGCACCUGAUGAUUCCCGCUGCAGGCAUUGGCCGCUAGCGAUACCGUCCGGACGCGUGAUUCAGGACAAUACCGCUAAGUCAGCCGUUCUGUUACAGCAGCCGGAUGCGGCUAGACGUUCGCCGCGGAUGAAUUCCUCUGUUCCGCUCGGCCUGUCUUCACCCUGUCUUCACCCUGUCUUCACCUCUGCCCAAUUCCGUGCCCGCCCUGCGCUGCACCAGCCCGAAAUGGCCGCACCCAGAACGCCGCUCCGACGGCCUACUUGA